UAUAUAUAUAUAUUAUUAUAGGCCAUUGAAACCAUAUCAUAUCCAAAAUUAUAGGCCACUCAUAUCCAAAAUUUUCAUCAACCAUGGAUGCAGUACUGUACCUGUACAUUCCACUAAUUUUGGCCAUAUACAUCUUCACCAAGCAUUUCCUCCACAAGAUCAAAAACCUCCCACCAAGCCCUUUCCCGACCCUACCCAUUUUGGGCCAUCUCCACCUUUUGAAGAAGCCUCUCCACAGCACCUUGUCCGAUUUAUCAGCCCGUUACGGCCCAAUCUUCCUCCUCCGGUUCGGCUCACGUCCGGUCCUCAUAGUCUCCUCUCCGUCAGCCGCCGAGGAAUGCCUCUCCAAAAACGACAUCGUAUUCGCCAACCGCCCUCGGCUCCUGUUCGGAAAAAUCAUCGGCUACAAUUACAGCAACCUCGUAUGGGCCCCCUACGGCAACCACUGGCGCAACCUACGGCGAAUCUCCUCCAUCGAAAUCCUGUCAUCCCAUCGUCUCCAAAUGCUAGCCGGCGUACGUGCCGACGAGGUCCGGUUGAUGACCCGUAAACUCUUCCGGGCUUAUGCAGAUCAGACGGUGGACAUGAAAAAGGUGUUUUUCGAGUUGUUGCUUAAUGUCAUGAUGAGGAUGAUCGCCGGGAAGAGGUACUACGGCGAAACGGUGGAGGACGUGGAGGAAGCGGCGCGGUUCCAGGAGAUAGUGGCGGAGACGUUCCAGUUGGGUGGCGCAACGAAUAUGGGAGACUAUUUGCCGGUGUUGAGCUGGUUGGGAGUGAACGAAUUGGAGAAGAAGUUGGUGGUGUUGCAGAAGAAGAGAGAUGGGUUGAUACAGGAAUUGAUAGAACAGCACAGGAGAGGAAUGAGGAGUGAUAGUUCGGAGUCCAAAGAGAGAAAGAAGACGAUGAUUGAAGUGUUGCUUUCACUGCAACAAACAGAACCAGAGUAUUACACGGAUGAGAACAUAAGAGGCAUGAUGCUGGCUCUACUAAGUGCUGGAACUGAUACAUCAGCUGGGACAAUGGAAUGGGGACUUUCGCUAUUGUUGAACAACCCAGAAGUUCUAAAGAAGGCACAAAUUGAAAUUGAUAAUCAAGUUGGACAACAUCGUCUGAUCGAUGAAUCAGACUUAUCCAAGCUUCCCUAUCUUCGCUGCAUCAUCAAUGAGACACUGCGGAUGUAUCCAGCAGGCCCAAUGCUAGUACCUCACGAGUCAUCGGAUGAGUGUACGGUAGGUGGUUUCCGAAUUCCACGUGGCACGAUGCUAUUGGUUAAUUUGUGGGCCAUACAAAAUGAUCCCAAGAUUUGGGUGGACCCCAGAAAGUUCCAGCCAGAGAGGUUUCAAGACUUGGAAGGUAGCAAGAUUGGGUUCAAGUUAUUUCCCUUUGGAACCAGAAGGAGAGGGUGUCCUGGGGAGGGCUUAGCCAUUCGCAUGGUUGGGUUGGCAUUAGGGUCAUUGGUUCAGUGCUUUGAGUGGGAAAGGGUUAGCCAAGAGAUGAUUGAUAUGGCAGAAGGGACGGGACUCACUUUGCCCAAGGCUCAACCGUUGUUGGCCAAGUGUCGACCGCGUCCGAUUAUGUUGAAUCUGCUUUCUCAAGCCAUAACCAUCUUAAUAUCUUAUCAAAUGGAGACACAGUACCUGGGCAUUCCACUAAUUUUGGCCAUAUACAUCUUCACCAAGCAUUUCCUCCACAAGAUCAAGAACCUCCCACCAAGCCCUUUCCCAACCCUACCCAUUUUAGGCCACCUCCACCUCUUCAAGGAGCCCCUCCACCGCACUUUGUCCCAUAUAUCGGCCCGUUACGGCCCAAUCCUCCUCCUCCAGUUCGGCUCACGUCCGGUCCUCCUCAUCUCCUCUCCGUCAGCCGCCGAGGAAUGCCUAACCAAAAACGACGUCGUCUUCGCCAACCGCCCUCGGUUCCUCGCCGGAAAAAUCCUCGGCUACAACUACAGCAACCUCUCAUGGGCCCCUUACGGUGACCACUGGCGUAACCUCCGGCGAAUCGCCUCCAUAGAACUCCUUUCAUCCCACCAUCUCCAAAUGAUGGCCAGCGUACGCUCCGACGAGGUCCGGUUGAUGACCAGUAAACUCUUCCGGGAUUAUGCAGACCAGAUGGUGGACAUGAAAACGGUAUUGUUCGAGUUGAUGCUUAAUGUCAUGAUGAGGAUGAUAGCCGGGAAGAGGUACUACAGCGAGAAGGAGGCGGAGGUGGAGGAAGCGAGGCGGUUCCGGGAGAUGGUGGUGGAGACGUUCCAGAUGGCUGGCGCUACCAAUAUCGGAGACUUUUUGCCGGUGUUGAGAUGGGUGGGAGUGAACGGAUUGGAGAAAAGGUUGAUUGUGUUGCAGAAAAAGAGAGAUGGGUUCAUACAGGAGUUAAUAGAGGAGCAUAGAAGAAGAAUGAGGAGUGAGAGUUCGGAAUCUGGAGGAGAGAGAAAGAAGACGAUGAUUGAAGUGCUGCUUUCACUGCAAGAAACUGAACCAGAGUAUUACACAGAUGAAAUCAUAAGAGGCAUGAUGCUGGAACUAUUAAGUGCUGGAACGGAUACAUCAUCUGGGACCUUGGAAUGGGCACUUUCAGUUUUAUUGAACAACCCAGAAGCUCUAAAAAAGGCACAGACUGAAAUUGAUAAUCAGGUUGGACAACAUCGCCUGAUCGAUGAAUCAGACUUAUCUAAGCUUCCCUAUCUCCACUGCAUCAUCAAUGAGACACUGCGGAUGUAUCCAGCAGGCCCAAUGCUUGUACCUCACGAGUCAUCAGAGGAGUGUAUGGUAGGCGGUUUUCGAAUCCCACGUGGCACGAUGCUAUUGGUUAAUUUGUGGGCCAUACAACAUGAUCCCAAGCUUUGGGUAGACCCCGGAAAGUUUAAGCCGGAGAGGUUUCAAUACUUGGAAAGUAGCAAGGAUGGGUUCAAGUUAUUUCCCUUUGGAACCGGAAGGAGAGGGUGUCCUGGGGAGGGCUUAGCCAUGCGCAUGGUUGGGUUGGCAUUAGGGUCACUGGUUCAGUGCUUUGAGUGGGAAAGGGUUAGCCAAGAGAUGGUUGACAUGACCGAAGGGACCGGACUCACUUUGCCCAAGGCUCAACCCUUGUUGGCCAAGUGUCGACCACGUCCUAUUAUGUUGAAUUUUCUUUCUCAGAUUUGAUCAAAUCAAUCAAUUUAAUUCAGCAAUGUGUAGUAGAUUAAGAAUAAGUUUCUCAUUAAGAGGUGGCUCAAUAUAAUUUGACAUUUAAAUAAUAAUUAAUAAUGUAUUAUUAUUCUUGAUUUUUUUAAA